AUUAAUAAUAAUUCUGUAUUAUAUGUUAUAGGAAUGAGCUCCAAAUUAUCUAAGUCAACCCCUACCUCUAAAGCAUAUUCGAAAACUGCUCUUGAUUGGUUUCUAGCAAAUGCUUUAUUUAAUGAGAUUGACGACGAAGACUACAGGAGUCUUGAAGAAUUGAUUGUGAAGAAAGGCGCUGAUCCCAAUGUUAUCAUUGCUGAGAAAGGGAUUGCUCCCAUUCACUUGGCUACAGGCUUAGAUGAUCAAGAUUUCUGCUUAAAAACUCUGAAGCUUUUUCUUAGCAACGGUGGAGAUCCAAAUUUGAGGUCGUGUGAUGGCAUGACACCCGUCCAUAUAGCAGCUGCGUGGGGUCGAAUUGCUAUCCUUGAACUUCUUCUACAGCAUGGCGGAGAUCCGUGGAUUCUGGACAACGAGAACAAUAACGCUUUCAGCUAUGCACAUGAGGAACAGCACUGGGAAACGUGGCGUUUCCUAGAUGACUAUAAAAACAGUAUUAUCUUCGAGAAACCUGACAAGGAUCGCUAUAGAUUGAAAUUGGAGUGUGUGAAGAUCUAUAAAAAUGAUGUUUGCGCUGAAUAUAAAGCAGAUCCGGUUUCUGCGACCUGCAGAUCCACUCAGACACAAGAGAGCUUCCCUGGCGAAAUUUUCAUCAACUUCACCGAAAACGUCCAGUCACCAAAUGUCGAAAACAAUAAGCAUGGCAUGGAGUUUGGUCUGCCUGCCUCGCAACUGCAGAAAGACAAUGCUGCUGCAGGCCCCAGUGGAGUGAGCUCUGGCUAUGGUGAUCGUUAUUUCGACAUGACGUUCGAUCAGCUACCUGAAGAUCAGAAAUCGAGAGCGAUUCGAAUGGUGAAUCAUCACCGACAGAGCACUGACGUCAUCGAGUUCAAUCCUCACGUGGAAGACUACGAUGCAGACGAAGACCUAACCAAAUCCUCAAUAGAAGAUCAGAACAACGAUAUCGGUUACGCAUCUGGAUCUCAAACACCGACUAGUCAAGAUAAUCCUAGCUCCAGCAAUAUUCUCAAAAGAAACACCAGGCCCGCUGGAUCAAUUCUAAAUUCUGGUAGAGAAUGGAUGGUGAAUAUAACACAACGUAAAAAAUUGAGAAAUAAUCUCAACAAAUUGCAUGAAACAUGUAGUGAACGUCUGAGAUUGAAUGUUUUCACUAAGAAACACAAUUCAAGUCAGGAUAGGGAUGGCGCACCAGUUGUUUCAGACGAAACUGUCGAGAAAGUAUCAGCUUCCGAUAGUAGAAAGUCCAAAAGCUCGCACUACAGUGUUACAAAGAGUCUCAAACGCGUUUCUUCGGAUUUCAACAGGAAGUUGAGCUUAGUUUUUGGAAAUAUAAAGCAUAGAAGUGAUGGGGAAAGUCAAAAUGUAGACGUAAAUAGUGAAAUAUAUGUGAAUAGAAGAUGUGUUAGUGAGAUAGAAGGAGUGAGUGUAUCAUUGAAAGAAGAUAGAUUAUCGAUGGGAGAUGUUUGCAGAAGAACAAGUAGAAGCUUCAGGUCUUCCCGAUCUGAAUCAGUAAUGUCUAAUCCGUGUCAUUCUGAGGUUAGAAUGUCUUCCAGUGAUCCCUCUGUCCGUAAAAAAUGUUUUGCUUUAGAGGUAAAAGAUAACACCGACGUUGAUGAUAAUUUAAGAGUCACAAACGACCGUUCUUCAUACUAUACUAAUGAUGAGGUUGACACGUCUAAAUAUGGCAUGGAAUUUGACUUGAGGAUGAAGCGUUUCUUAGAUGAAGUAUUGACAGAAGAUGAGAGUAAAAGUUCGCAAAAUCUUGAACACGAUCUACAAGCAAACCAAACCCGUAUGGAAACAACAACAACUGAAACCAACUAUUCACGCCGAUCAUCCAGCGAUAACUUCUUUUCCUGUGUUUCUGCCGAAGAAAGUAAAACAAGUAAUCAAAAUAAUUGUCGUAUUGUGAACUAUAACUAUGCAAAAAAAAAUCUAGGAACAAGAGUGGGUGAAAUCAAUAGGGAUUCUGAUGAAAUUGUAAGAAGGUAUGGAUGGACUGUUGCUGAUACAAGUAGUGAUGAAAUAGUAGUAAUUAAUGAGUUUGAUACUAGUGGAGAUGAACAACAUUUCUCGAAUAGUAUACCGGGAGUGGUGAAUAGUACACCAGAAAGAUUGCUAGCUUCCAGUGGAAAUAAUCACGAUAAUUUCAAUAAUAUUUCCAAGAUAGCUUCAACCAAUAUCAAUGAAUUUUUGGUUGAUAAUUAUUCAAAUGUAAAUGCCAAUGAUUCCCCCGUUGACAAUCAUUCCAAUCAAAAUAGAAAUGAUUCCCCAAUAAUCAAUUAUUCAAAAAUAAGCAUCAAUGACUCCUCUGUUGUUAACUAUUCAAAUUCUAAUGUAUCAGAUAAUUUUUCAGUUGGUACAUCAGGUGACUCGAUUGAUUUGUUUGAGAGUAAUAUUGAUGCGCUUAAUUUGAACAGCAAUUCAGAUAACAGCGAUGAUAAUAAUGAUGACGUGUUUAAAACUGCACUAAAAUCUCAAAGUCGUGAAGUGUGUAAUGAAAGCCUUAAAUUACCCAACCAUCUAAGUGCUUUAGAAAAUGUGGUUGAAUUAUCAGAUAAUGUUGAUAAGUCUCAUAGUGACUCAAGCUGCUCUGAAAACAUACAAGAAAUAGCUGAAAAUACACGCAAAUCUGAAAAUGUGCUAGAGUUGUCUUCUGCCAACGUACUACAAAUAUCUGACGAUGCACCUGAAAACGCAGAUCUAGAAGUAAGCAUAACCGAAGAAUAUCUGUAUACAGACGAAGAUGAUGGUAUACAGCUAGUGGAGGAAUGUCACUUGCCAGCUGUGAAAAAUAAAUUGCCAGUAUUGGCAGAUGCCCGUAGUGCGGCAACCACUGAAGAAUCCGAAUCAGCUGUUUCGUCGGUUGACAUGGCCUACGAAACCGAUGAACUUCGUAGAGAACUUAGAGACUAUGGACUGAUGGCCGGUCCUAUCACAAAUUGCACCAAACGCGUUUAUCUGCGGAAACUGAAACGAUUCCGACGCAAGCCAAAACCGUUAACGCAGCCGCUAGCGUCCAGACCAGAGUACUGCGUUGAGCUGGAGCGAAGUCUGCUUUCAGACAAUGAUAUCAUUCAGAAGUGGUCGCACCUUGAGACCGAAAUGUGUAUACCUUUUCAAACUCCUGAUACCAACAAAAGGUGGCGGGAGGGAGUCUCAAAAGCAUCAUUCACCUACCUUCUGCUGGAUCCGAGGAUCACCCAAAAUCUGCCGGCUAGGAGCAUAGCCAUGACAAACAGAGAGCGAUUUCUCUGCUUUUUGAGUGCAAUAUUCUACAUUGGCCGUGGAAAGAGAUCGCGUCCCUAUUCACAUCUCUAUGAAGCUCUGACGACUUGGAACCGUACCAAAUAUCCCUCAUCUAAAAAGGUUCUGAAAAUUCUUGACAUCUGGAAGAGCGGCAAAGGAGUGAUUUGUCUGCACAUAUUCCAGAAUGUGAUUCCAGUAGAAGCAAUGACCAGAGAAGCGGCCAUGAUCGAUGCCAUGGGACUGCGAUGCCUCACCAAUGAGAAGCUAGGUGACUACUAUGCUGUAGCUUGUGAAUGGACUCUGCGCAAAAGACAACAACUGGGAAUUGUGCUACUAGCAAAAGCUUUGAACGUUUUCCUAGCCGAGGGAGAGAGACAGCUAAGACCUCCGGAUAUCUCUCGCUAAUAUGAAAUUUCGAGCUGGAGAGUAUCUAUAAAUAAAUACAUAACUAACAAGAAAAGUAUUGAAAAUUUAUUUUUGUAUUUUGAAUUGAAUGAUACAAUCGUUCAAGAGCAUUAAAUGAUAAAUGACUAUUCAAGAUUUACUUGAAGCUCUAAUCUAAAUUAGUCAAGCAGGAUGGAUGGAUGGAUACGUAUAUAGUAACCAUAAAUCAAACAGAUGAGUAUUUUAGUUUUUAAUUUCAAAUCUAGUCUGCGAUAAGGUUUUUAAAACAUCUGAAUAAUCACAGGCAACAAUUGCAAAUGUUUUUAAAUAAAAUAUUAAUUUCAUUUUUAUAGAAUUAUAUGAGCAUAUUAGGCUACAGCAAUUGGAGACGUGUUCCAGACAAAAGAAGCACCCUGAUCAGCUGUGAGUUCCGCAUUGAAAAUGUUAAUUUUUUUAUUUUCAAAUUUGAUUUGCCAGACGGUUUUGGAGAUGAAUUUAUUGAUUAUUAAUUUAAUCACGCGGGAUAAAAUUAGUAGCUUAAUUUGUUGUACAACUUCAAAGAAUUUACAAAUGAACCUUCAAAGGUUUUAUAGAUCCUGCUAUUUUAUUAUUCAAUUACAAUAGGUAUUCUAUCGAUCGCCCUCAAAGAAGCCCUUGAAUGUUUUUUUAGAAUAACCAGGUAAUUAUGUAAGUGAAAUUCAAGGCUUUUCUUUUAAUUUAUGUUGUUGGGAGACGACUCGUAAACCCACUUUUAAACACGCUCUCGAAUUUUCAUUUUGCUUAGUUUUGAAGUUUUCAUUUGUGCAAUAUUAUUAUAAUUAUCACUAUCAUAUUCAAAGUAUACAAUCAUGUUUGAGCUUACAAAUCAGUGAAUGUGAGAAUUUUAUUUCUAGUUUUAUAAAAUCAUGUAUAUUAUUUUUACAUUAGAAAAAUCCUUAUUAGUUAGUUAUAAAACAAUUCACAAGUAAGAUCUCUUAUUUUCCAAAGAUUGAUUGAAAAGCCGCUUAUUAUUUUUGUAAACUGAAUAAACAAAUAAGUAUUAUGGAUAUAUUUGAU